AUGGCGGUGGCUGCCGCAGCCGGCCAAGUGAACGUGGACGUGGACGGGACGUGGACGGGGACGGGGACGUCGAUUUCGCCACUCAGUAUCUACAGUCUACUUGCUGACUUAUGGGAGCAUGCUUAUGCCUCGAUUUUGGGUGGGUACUCUGGCUGGCUGGCUGCCGUCUCCUGGCUGCUGCCCGUUGCCCGCUCGACGCUGCUGCAUUCGCUGCUCGCUGCUUGCCUGCAUUCGCUCGCCGAUCGCGAACCACCCUACGCCACCGUCUGCAGCGGCGGCGAGAACAAAGAAGAAGACGAAGAAGAAGAGAAGAAGAAGAAGCGUAACAGAAGAACGUAG